AUGGUCAGCUUCAGAACUAUCAUUGCUUCAAUGGCUUUGACCAGCCUUGUCGCUGCUCAUCCCGGUCACGAUCCACGUGAAGAAGCUCUCGAGCGUCGCUCUUACUACGACUCAGUGCCUCCAAUCAAGAGAUCUCUGAACCACCGCGAAGCAAAAAUCAAAGCUCGUGGUCUUGAGCAGAGAUCCCUCGCUCGCCGCGAGGCUCUAGCCACCAAUGCCAGACAGAAGCGUGGUCUGGCUAACCAGCGAGCAGAGAAACGCGAUGCCGCUUCUGUGCUUAACACCACUCAUCUCUCCAACGACACCAGCAUCAAUAUGGAUGUCACUGAGGAUUACCUCUUUGGAAACGGUUCCUGUAUCCUUGUGCCUGAAGUAACUCAAGGUCCUUACUAUGUCGAGGGCGAGUAUAUCCGCAAGAACAUCACUGAGGACCAGGAGGGUAUACCUUUGACUCUCGAAAUCCAGGUCAUUGAUGUCAACACUUGCGAGCCUGUUCCUGAUGUUUACAUUGACUUUUGGCAUUGUAAUGCCACUGGUGUAUACUCAGCUAUUGUCGCCAAUGGGAAUGGAGACUCAUCCGAUACUGCAAACGUCAACACUACAUUCCUGCGUGGUAUCGCAGAGACCGACACCGAAGGCGUUGCCACUUUCGAGUCUAUUGUUCCUGGCCAUUACACAAGCCGUGCCAACCACGUUCACAUCAUCACCCAUACGAAGACCACUCUCUACGUAAACGGCACAAUGUCACCUGGUUCGAUCCAACACGUGGGCCAACUCUUCUUCGACAUGUCCCUGCUCAAACAAGUCGAAGCCACAUACCCCUACAACACCAACACCCAAGACUGGACAACCAACGCCGAGGACUCGAGUUUGGCCGAAGAGACAGCCACCGAUGGUGUCGACCCUGUGGUAGAAUAUAUCCUGCUUGGCGAGGACAUCAGUGACGGCGUGCUCGCUUGGAUCUCUAUGGGAGUCGACAUGACAAACAACCAGACUGUUAGUCCUGCGGGAAACUACUACCGUACUGGUGGUGUGAUGGAUGAGUCUUCUGGGGGUAUGGGUAGUGGUAUGGGUGGCGGUGCUGGUAACGGAACUGCCAAUGGUACUGCAAGUGCUCCACCCUCGUAG